AUGGAACCGUUAUUAUCAAUAAAUGACGAUGAAAAUGACUUAGAAUCAGUCCCACUACCAAUACAAACAUUUUUAUGGCGACAAACAAAUCCAUUUUUGGGUGAAAAAAUUGGCAAACUUCAUGAAGCGUCAUGUGUGACGUUUGAACGGGUUGUUGUACAAAAUAUACUUCAUGGACUUAGUCCAUCACUUUCUGAUGCUAUUAAUUCCGUUUCACGUUGGCGUUUCGUACGUGCAACAUUUCCACAUAUUGUACAAUGCUGUGCAUCGUUAUUAUCCGAAGCUGUUGGUCGAGAUGAUACACCGAUGAGUGGAUCGUUAGUAAAAAUGUUGUAUAUAUUGCAUUGGCUUCUCCUCGACUCAGCCAAUGAAUGUUAUGAUGUUGAAAAUAGUAGAAAGAAUUUAACCGAGUCAACCGAUUUUCCUGUACAUGCCAUACGACAAUAUGCAUUUUCGAUUAGCAGUAUACAAUUAUUCGUGUAUAUGAUUACUCCAUUAUUGAAUGUGAUCAAUGAAAAAGAUUUGACAUCAAAUUUUCGCCUAGAAAGUGGUUUAAAAAUUUGGCAAUCACUUUGGCAGUAUCGGCAACCGGAAGUGUUAUGUUUCUGUGCUCCGGUAAAACAGCGCCGUACACAGUUUCCAUUUAUAACAAUUACCAAGAAGACAGAACCAACCUCUGUAGUUCAAGGAAUAUAUCUUGGCGAUGCAAAGGAAACAAUGACACGACGCUUAUCAAAUGUUCCGACACAAAUUGCCAAUCUUCCGCCAUACACUGAUGUAGUACCACCCAAACCAUCUCGUCCCUAUUUAACAGUUUUCGCAAGCUUGAAAAAGAAAAAAGAAGAUGAAGCUAAAGUUGAUACAGCUCAAACAAUCACUAUCUCAGAUACUAAUCGGCAACAACAACAACAACAACAGCAUAUAUUAUCGCAGUCAACUAAUUUGGAAAUGGGUCGAUCAAAUUCAAUUGUUCGAAGUGUUAGUGAUUAUCAUACAAGUGAUAUUCCACAAACAUUUACAAAAAGUCAUACAACAAUGAUUGAUGAAAAAUCGUCAAGUUUAUGCAAAGAUAUGGCAAAACUUGAUGAUGCGCUCAGUUUUACGGAUGAUAAAUCUCUUAAUAACGCAAUGGAUGAUGUGGAAGUAUCUGAAGAAAAAGCGCCAUUAGUAAUAUUACAAGAAAUAUGUUCUAGCACUUCAACUGAUUUUGAAAAUGUUCUACAUAAUAGUCGUGAGAUAAUUUGUGAAAGUUGUCAUUCAGUAAUGUGUCGCGAUGGUGGAGCGAUGAAUGCUUGCAAAACUAUUGAAAAGUAUUUGCUCUAUAUUAUAGAAGAAGCAAGUUCGACGACAUUGGACGGUAGAACAGUCAUCAAAUCGGUACAAGAAAAUACUUCAACUGAACCGGUGAAAGUGUUUGAUCCAUUAGAAAAUAUUACAGAAGAAUGUGAUACUAUAUUGCAACAGUCAUUUGUUGAUCCACAAGAAGCAACGUACAUGGACGUAGCUGUCAUACGUUGUCUUUUAAUUAAGCAUUGGACUGAAGAUGGCGUUUAUUGGGCAAUAAAAUAUUUGCUACAUCGUUUAUUCGAAAUUAAAAUGUAUCGAAAUUCACAAACUAUCAUAUAUCGUUCACGUGCUAAUUCGGAUUAUCGAAAAUUUUUGAAAGAAAUUCAAUGUCGUCCAUCAACUUGGGAUGAUUUACAGUUAGGAGAUGUUGUCAAAAAGUUGGGAAAAAGUAAAAGUGAAAGUAAUAGGAGAAAAGAGAGAGUUUCAUCUAUUCGAUAUAGCAAAAAACGCCGUAGUUUGUCUUCUGAUUCAUUGCUGCGACUGUCAGCAUUAUCAAGAGAUAACAAUACGAUGACAACAGGAAGUUUCUUCAAAAAUCGUAGCAAUCGUGGACACAUGGAACACAAAAUAAGUAUUCCUUCAACAACCAAUUCAUCCGAUGGAAUUCCAACGCGUGAUAAAAGAAGUAGUCUUAUCACCGAAUUUUCCAAACAAACUACUAAUGAACUUAAUACUCGACAAUUCUUUCCUAAGGCACUUGGAAGUACAAAUUUCAUUGAAGAAAACGGACAUAUCAGCUUUAUCGUAUUAUUGAAAGCAAUUUAUUUUGCCAUCGAACGGCGUUCCUCCGUUCGAAUUUACGAAUUGGCAUUAAAUAUUUGUGAAAGUUUGCUGGAAAUGCCUGAAAAGAAAUUACAAUCAUUUUUCAGUGAUUGUAUCAAUAUAGUACUUAGAACAUAUCUAUGGUUAGGUUGUCCACAUGGAUGUAAUGAUAGCUUGCAUUCACAGCAGGGUGAUUUCCUGAGAGUUAAAGCACGCACCAUUCUUGCAAUCAUUUUUCGCAUUAAUCCGGAAAAUUUUCGCAGUUUAUUGAUUAGCCAUAUCGAAGAAUAUAAUGUGCAAAUAUUGAUUGAUACAUUGCAUUCGAUAACCGGUUUUUGUAAAUGUGGCACGACCGUUGGAAUUUAUCGUACACGAAGCGGUUCAUCACCACGUCGUCGAACUGCUGUAUCAGAUUCCUCCUUGCCUUCAUAUCAAAAUAAUUUUAACGAAAGUUCUAAAGGAAUUCAAGGAACAAUUAUCAAAGUUAUACUGAAGCCGGUAAUAUCAAAAUUGAUGAAUGCAAUGAAUGAGCUUUUGCAACCGGAAAAUAUGAGUUUAUAUCAGGAUGUAUGGUUAUUUGUGUCAUUUAUUCAAGCACAACAUGGUAAUUCAUUUCGACAUGUAGGCUUAAGUGCUUUAUUAGAUGGACGACCACCCGAAAAUCAAAGUCAAUUCCUUGAUGCCAGUACGUCACAGCUAUAUUCUUCCCGUCGGACAUCCUUAUUGUGUCCACUCCCUGAAAUCCUUCUAUCUGAACGAAAUGCAAAAUUCGCAAGCAGUGAUGACAACGAGAUUGAAUUAAAAUCGGAUAAUAGUGAAGAUGAAAGUAUCCGUUCGAGUACAAGCGGUACAACAACACAGAUACAUACACGUGAAUCUGCUUCUUUGAGAAAAGGAAUAUUUAAAAAACGUGAAAAAUUACAAAUUUCAAAUACCGAUGACAGUGAUUUGGAUUCCUCACCUUCUACUCCAAGAAAUGUACAAACAAGUGAUGAAGUUACUAUUGAAAGUUUAUCAGCUUCACCGUUGCUACCGAUGAACGUUGUAAAGAAACGAAGUGGUGGCAAACUUCAUUUUGCACUGAGCUUAUUAAAGUCAGUACGAUCUGAUAAUAACGACGACAUUGGUUCAGAUAUCGAAAUAAAUGACGAUGAUAAAAGUCAAAAUGGGAUUUUAACACAUGAAGAACGUCGUUCGAAGGGUCCAAUUGUACAGAAACCGCCUUCGUCUAAAAUUCUCAUAACACAUCAAAAGUCUACUGAUUCCAUGGAUGACAAGCAAGAACCAUUACAUCCAAGACGAACAUCGCUAUCAAAUCUAAAUCUUCCAACACGUAAAUUUGUCAAUUUGCGCGGUAUUCAGGAAGGUGUACGACGUUUUUCAUUUUUCCUUGAAACAUGCCGUCCGGGAAGCUAUCCGGAUCCUCCGCUUCUAGCCGCAUUGUUGGACUUGAAAUCUCCUGUGCUUGCAAGAGCUUCACUUCUCCUUGAAUGUGCUCGUUUUGUUCAUCGAUGUAAUAAAGGAGAUUGGCCUGAAUGGAUUCGUUCAAAUAGCGCGUGUCAAUUAAGUGCCUUUGUUGUUGACAAUACUUUUGGAAGCCGUGGUACACCAAGCGCAACACGUCGCAUGCAACUGAUGCAACGUGCCGCUGCUCGCUGUUUCUAUGAUUGGGGAUGUCAGCUCGGUGAAAGAAUUUAUAAAAUUAUGGAAGCUAAUGGAGCGUUGGACAAUAAAGCUCCAUUCAAAAAGACUGACUUAAAUCGACAAGGACUUAUCAUACAUGAUAAUUUAGAAGAUUUUUUUGAUGAAGGAAUAGUAAAUGAUGAAAGUGGUGAAUGUUGUCCACCAGCGAUUUUAUUUCUGGCAUGUCUUCUACUUAAUGAAAUCACAACUUUCUUAAGAGAAACAUUUCAGACAAUAUCACGUUCUCGAGGUAACAAAGGAGGAAGUGGUGGUACGUCAAAUUUCGAUAAGUUAACGACAAAUCGACGUUGGUCGAUUCUUUCGAACACGUUCAGCUCACAACAACAACAGCAAACAGCAAGCAGUAUACAAAGCAUUACGGAUAUGAAUUUAUUUAUUAAUCAAAGUGAUCGUCGAAUUAGUUUAUCAACAAAUGAAGAAAAUUCAUCACGAAGUUCACAUGAACAUACCGAAGAAAUUAUACAACCAAGUGAUAAAAAAGAUGCUGAUCCGAGUGAUGACGGAUUCACGCGUUACAUCGAUGGUAAACGUCUUAUUUCGCUAAGCAAUCAAUAUCUUGCAUAUAAAAAGAGAUCAAGCUAUGAACGAAAAUCCGGGGAAAAAUAUCCACAAGUGAGACGCUCCCAUACAUUAACUGCUCCAACACAUUCAAUGGUCACCACUGCAAUUGUCUCGAAAUCAGCACGACGAUUAGCACAGGGUCGUCAACGAUUGUUCAAGUACGCUUCACCAUCCACUGCAGCAUCGCAACCGCUUGAAUUAAAUGAGAAAAUUCAUCGAUCUACAAAAAAUCUAAAAUGUGUAAGAAACACGCAAGCUGAUGAUGAGAAAGAUGGAAUUGGUGAAAUUACUCUGUCGACAACUGUACUGCCAACAAUUGGUGGAGGAUGGGUAGAAGGAGUACGAGAUGGCUUGAAACAAUCAAAUGAACCAGUAAUAUCAGCGGAAAAUGGAUCAAAGAUAAGCAUGAUAGCCCCAGUACCGUCAUCAACACAGGAAAGCAUCUCGCGAUCUACCGUAUCAUGCUAUCAGCCACUGCAAACAAAUUUUGAUGAAGGCGAAGAACUGAUGAUGAUUAAGAAUUUCCCUUGGUUGAAGAUAGUAAUUAAAAUGGCAAAUUCAUUUACAUUAUCAUGUAAUCACGAACAUUUCUGUCAUCCAUGGUGUUUUGAAAGAGUCCAUCGACAAUGUUAUCGUUUAACAGAAGCACUUCGAAAAGUAUAUGGCGAAGAAUUACCAAUUCUCGGACAUUUCGAUAAGCGUAAAGCAAUGACCGAUGCAUGGAUCAAUCGUCAUGAAAAUGUGAAAAAAACAACACAACGGUUUUCCGGAUUACUCGUAGCUCGUCGAGAAAAUGUUGUUACCCGACAAGGUGCAAUGGGUGGUAAGCCAACAAUGGCAUUACAAAGUUUACUUAUUGAAAAGCUUGCUGAAAUGGAAGAAAAUAGAGAAGGACGAAUGGGAAAGAAUAAUUUUCAAGAUUCGGAUGAUCUGAUCGAAAUAAGUCAGGCUCAAAGACAUCGAUCGCCUUCUCCAAUGUUAUUUUAUAUUGCCACCCAGAUGUUAUGCAUAACUCAUUCACCUUUUUCAACUCUUCUUAAGAGUUGUCUUGUAUUACGUAAUGAACAUUAUCGAGAAAUAAUAGAUAUCUGUUGGCAUUUACUCAUACAUCGUGACAAACAUCUUGUUACUUCAGCUGCAUCUCUUUUCAUCAUAUCAUCGGUACGCAAUCCAGAGGGAACUGUCAAUGUGAUAAGGAAUAGUUUGCUAAGUGACGAUCCAAACAUACGUACAGAAGGAUUACGACGUUUUCAUGCUUUGUGGCGGAAUCGUUUUCAUGUUUGGUUGAAAAUGGAAGAUGGAGCGCAACUCGUCUUUAAAGUUCCACCGCCUGGCAUUGAUUUUACAUUACCAUCUCCUCCUGUUGGCCAAAGCCAUAUACCAAUCAUUGAUCCACCAUGGAUGCCUCAUAUUAAAACUAAAGUUGAGGAGCUAUGCCUGAAAGAAGAGGAACAAGCAACGAGUCAAAUAAUAAUGACGAUGACACGGACACGUCGAAAACAGAAGCAAGAAAUGGUACGUCAGGUGAUACAUGAAACAAAUGAGCGAGAAUGUUCUUUGCGUCAGAAAUUUCCAUUUCGUGCCACAGCUAUUGUGCAGCAAGCAGCUUACGAGCCAGCUUUAUUUUAUCAUCAAACACAGCAAAUUAUGGCUGAUAGUACUGGAGAAGAAUGUGAUGGCUAUCCAACCUCUUCACGACAACAAAUGCCAGUUGCACAACCACUUCUUCCAUCAUCGCUACUUUCAGUUGUACCAACGAUCAUUGAAAUGCUGGAUGAUGUACAGUUAGAUAGUUCCGGAAAAUCCGUGAGUGAUAUCGCGAAGAAGAUUAUUUGGUCAUGUAUCGUCGAAGAUCCAGCCUUGUUUUUGCGUCACUUUUUAGAAAAAUUAACCAAUCGUAAACGUCAGGAGCAUUUAAUAUUACUUUUACGAAAAUUGAUAUUACGUUUUCAACCUUUGCCAUGUCAAACAGCUUAUACAUUAAUGAAUUAUUUCUUCGGUUUUGUAAUGCAUUAUGUACGAAGUCCGUGUGAUGGAAGUGAUCAAGCAAUUGCAAUGGUUUUAAGUGUAAUAUGGCUUAUUAUCCCAAGCGUGCAUGGAUUAUAUUUUAAAGAUUUGAAGCAAACAUUAAAGAAGGAACAAUGUGAUCAAGCGUUGAUGAUCACGGCGAAUGUUCCAUCAGCAAAGAAAAUUAUCAUUCAUGGACCUGAUAGCGGUUCCGGUGGAAUUCCAUCACAAUUUCCGAUCCAUGAAGAAACUCAAUUUCAGCAAUUACUUAAGGAUAGCCUCGAAUUCUUUAAUAUUCCUGAAAGCGAUAAUCAACAUUAUUUUCUCAUUGAUACUAAAACAAAUCUAGUUCAUAAUCCUUCGUCAUAUGUUAGAGAUUUCUAUUUUUUCCAUCGUUCGCUGUAUCCGCAAUUGACGUUGGUUAAGUUGAAUCCUGACGAAGCGCAUCUUCGAAUGCGUCAAAAAGCGUUUACACAUAAACUUAUAGAAAUUGGAAAAAUAUUAUUAACACAUAAUGCUCUUUCCCAUACUCCUGAAAAUGUGAUACCACAACGAAUAUUUUUCCUACACAGUGAAUUUACGCAUUUACCAUCUUUUCCACGGAAAAGUUUGGAAACGUGUUUUGGCAUGUAUAAUGGCCCAUCAGGCCGUGAAUUAUAUUCCAUUGAUAGUAUGCAUAAAUUUGUGUGGACUUUGCUAAUGUCUGAUAUGUUCACAAAGAUGGAAAAUGCUUUUAUGUUCGGUGAUUUGCAUCUGUUUAUUAAUGUUAUUAAUGGUGUUACCUUAUUACAUUGUGAAAAUGUUACAAUUUUACGCCGUUGUAUGGCCAUAUACCUAUCUGUGGCUAUACAUUUCAGUACUCUCUUUGCUAAUCAGGGCUUUUUCCUCAUAAUGCCAACAAUACUACGUUGUUACAGUCAACGGCAAACUAAUCCACUACUUUGUCGUACAAUUGAAUAUGUUUGCAAACAAUUUUACAUCCUUCAUCGGAAGCCUUUCUUAUUGCAAAUGGCUGGUGCAGUAGCAAAUAUUCUCGAUACUACCUCUAACAAUUUUGAAGUAAAUCCAAUGAAGGUAAAGGCAAAAUAUUGGUUUAAUUUAUUGCACAGUAUGGAAGAUAUGAAUGAUUUGGAAGAUCCAAUUAAUAUAUUAGAUUUAGUCAAUGAAACGAAACCAUUAAAAGCAUUAGAUUUAUGUUACCGUGACGAUCCUAAUACGUUUAGCUUAUUAACGGAUGCGCUUGCAAGCGCUGUAACAGUAUGCGCUUUUGCGCCUGAAUCACGACGUUGUUAUCAGAUGUUGUUAGUAAUGCAAGCAACGAUACCGUACUUCUUGGAACAAAUAGAACAGGAUACGGUGAAACAGGGUAACACUAUCGUAGCUGUAAAACAUGAAAUAUCUAUCUAUACAACACUUUGCGUUGAAAUGAAAGCAUUAGUGAAUUGCUGUGAUAUUCUUGCCAGAGGACCGACGCGAACAUUCGAUAUUGUCAAUAGUGUCAGUGAUCGAGGAAAAUCUUUCAUUGCUGAUUCGCCUCAAUUCUUUGAUCCACCAACUUUGAUCGAAGAUGAAACAAAAAUGCAUUACUCAAGUAUGAAGGAUAAGAAAAAUGCUAUUGGAUCGGAUGCUAUGGAUAAUUCUGAAGGGCAACGUGAAAUAUUUCGUCGUCCACGUGAUGCUCUCCUCGUCUUAGCAGCUACAUUCAUCGAGAAAGCAAGGCCACGAUUGAAGGAGCUUACUAAAUUGGCAUCAAAUAUCGAACAUAUCAAAAUUCCAGAAUUAUUCGAUCAUAAAUGCUAUGCGAAAUUAAAUGAGAUAGCUCUUGCAUUGUUGAAAAUUGCACCAUACGAUCUAAGCACAAUAUCUUGUAUUGGAUUACAAAAAUACUUCUCUGUGAUUCUGCUAAUAACUGAUUGGUCGGUUGAGAGUAAUCGAUCGACGUUAAAUUUUGUUUUGCGACGUUUGGAUAAAACAAUUCAAAAAAUUGGCAAAAAAAUCGUCUUCCGACGUCGAACAAAUUGGAUUGCAUUGACAAAUUGGCUUAAUGGUUUACAUCAAACGCUUGUUGCUUAUCCUUAUAUUGCUCAUUCACAUCCCUUAAAGUCAACAACAUUGAUGUGUUUACGAAUAAUGAUCGGUGAUCCACUAAAUGAUGAUCUUUUCACUCAAUCCAGUACUGCUUUUUCUACCGUAUUACAUGGUAGUUGUCCACCACAACCAUUUUGCAAUAGUGUUCUUAAACUUACCUCUUUUAUGAUGCAAGCACUUGGUCAGGAAAUAUUUUCAUUGGAAUAUUUAUGUAGUAGCGAAGGAAUUGGAUCUACAGCUGAACGUUUAGAAGUUGUACUAUGUCAUAUCUUAAUUCCACUAUUUCUUCGAGCUGCAACUGUCAAAAAUG